UGAAGAAUACGUAACCGGCGUAACGUUCACGAUCCAGCCGAUCGGUGAAGGGUUUUGUGGGUCAUGGGGGAGGAAGGUAAAUAAAAGCUAGUAGCACUCAGCGGCUGGCUUCGGACGGUUACUGGAAAAUUUGGUGAAAGCAGGACAGGAGAAGACAGACCGCAGAGGGAGGGACUGUCGUCCGGCUACAGCAGCAGCAGCUGUCGGUGUUUGCAGGUGGUCUGAUUGGGUUUGCCUCAUCCUUGUGUUGCCAUGGCGAUGCGGGAGUUGGUGGAGGCAGAAUGUGGGGGAGCCAAUCCGCUCAUGAAGCUGACCAGUCACAUGACCAAGGAAGGGGGGCCAUGGCGGAGCACCGCAGCACCUCCAAUUCACCCUACUCCCAUUGAAAUUGCAACUGAUGAAGAUCUCGUAAAUGAGUUCCUUCAGGAACCCCCACGCCCUCCGCAGACAUUUGAUAUGGGUCAGCUGUUGGAGGAAAUGCAGCAGAUUGACCAGCAGAGCUACAGACAAGCUCCACAGAGGGCUCCAGAUGUGGCAGCCCUGGCCCUCUCUGGUGAUUGGGUGGACGAGUUCCUCUCAGGCUCUGACUCUGCCUCUGCCCCGGGGCUCAUCGCUCUCAGUGAUGCAGCAGAUGCUGAUUGGACAAAAGAAUUUAUUGCCGAGGCAGCAGAUCCUGGACGCUGGGCAGAGGAGUAUCUGGAGCAGUCUGAAGAGAAGUUGUGGCUGGGGGAUCUUGGAGACAAGGCAAAUGAAUGGACUAAAGAGUACCAAGCAGAAGAUGAGCUGAGGCAGACAGCCAAUGAGCUUGUCGCAAAGGUUGAUGACCCCAAGUUGCAAAACACAGAGUUCCUGCGAUUCAUUAGGCAAAUUGGCGAGGGCACUGUGACAGUGGAGAGCAAGACAGACAAACAGCUCACAGAUAAAGCUCAGGCCGAGAAUGCACAGAACUGGGCCUCCAACCUCAACCAGUUCCUGAUGGAGACGGGGGGAGGGAGCCUUCCCCUGGAACCCCCAGAGAUGAAUCAGAAGAUUGAGAAAGUAAAAGCUAAUCAAGCAGAGCAGUGGGCCAAAGUCGUCAGGCAGGUGUCAGAGGAGUCGGCUGAAGCCUGGGUAGAUGAGUUCGCCACAUCAGGACCUGAUUUUCAACAAGCCAAAGCUGCAGUGGAGAGUGAUGUGGAUUUCUGGGAGAAGCUGCAGCAGGAGUGGGAGGAGAUGGCAAAGAGAGAUGCAGAGAGCCAUCCCUGGCUGUCUGACUUCGAUCAGCUACUCAGCACUUCUUACGACAAGGGCUAUCAGUUUGAAGAAGACAACCCCUACUUAUCCCACCCGGACCCUUUGUCGGAGGGAUUGAAGCGGAUGGAGGCAGGGGAUAUCCCUGGUGCCGUUCGGUUUUUUGAAAGUGCUGUACAGAAGGAACCAGACAACCAGCUGGCUUGGCAAUAUCUGGGAACCUGUCAGGCAGAGAAUGAGCAAGAAUUUGCUGCCAUCAGCGCCCUCCGCAGGUGUAUAGAGCUGAAGAACGACAACCUGACUGCCCUCAUGGCGCUGGCUGUCAGUUUCACCAAUGAGUCGCUGCACAGGCAAGCCUGUGAGACUCUUCGUGACUGGCUAAAGCACAAUCCAAAGUACUGCUCUGUGUGGGAGCAGAGUGAGCGCGAACGCCAGAAGGAUGGCCUCAAAGAAAGAGAGAAGGAGAGGGAGAGGUUCGGGUCACUACUGCCAGAGUCCUUGUUUACUGACGUCCAGUCCAUGUUCCUGCGAGCAGCCAACCUUGACCCUACCCAAGUGGACCCUCAGCUUCAGUGCGGUCUCGGCGUCCUCUUCAACCUCAGUGGCGAGUAUGACAAGGCGGUGGACUGUUUCAGCGCUGCUCUCUCUGUUACUCCACAGGACUAUCUGCUAUGGAAUAAGCUGGGCGCCACACUAGCCAAUGGAAGCCGUUCAGAGGAGGCAGUGGCCGCCUACAGGAGAGCUCUGGAACUACAGCCUGGUUUCGUCCGCAGUCGCUAUAACUUGGGAAUCAGCUGUGUAAACUUAGGGGCACAUAGAGAGGCAGUGGAGCAUUUCCUUGAAGCUUUAUCUCUCCAGCGCCAGGCUGCAGAGGAUGGAGCAAGAGCCCCAAGAGGGCCCGGAAGAGCUGCAGCCACUAUGAUGUCCGACAAUAUCUGGUCCACCCUGCGCAUGGCUCUCAGCAUGAUGGGAGAGAGCUCUCUGUAUGCUGCGGCGGACCGGCGAGACUUGGACACCUUGAUGGCUCAUUUCUGCCAGAGAGAGGUGGAUGGUGGGACUGAAUGAGGACGUGCCAGGGGAGGGUUUAUUGAGUGUGAAUGUUUUUUGCUGGGAGGUGAAUGUCUGGGUGACUGAAUGAAGCUGACUGAAUGGAGGGAGGAACUGCACAUGGUACAAGCUAAUGGUUAAAAGGAAAUGAACGAGGAAGACACUGUGACGAAGUGCUCAUCAUCAUGUGGAUGCGUUUAAAAGUAUUGCAGUAUCAAGCUUCACCUGUAGAGAAGCAGUUGGGAGUAAUCCAGUCAUGAACUGUUUCACACAUUCAGCAGUCACUGGAUUUCCUCCUUUGUUGAUCAAGAGAACCAGGCUGAAUGAUUUUUAACUUGAAGAUUUUUCUCAAAGAAGAAGGUAAACAAGUAUAAGUGUGAUUCAAUUCCUAAUGUGUUCACUGUCCAGCAUCAUGUUGUAUCAGUUUGUGUAAUGACACUCAGUGCUCUCCCAGGCUACAAGUCAUCUGAGUUUAUCUGAUAUUACUGUGUUGGUGUUGUUCCUACAGUCUCUUAUUAAUUUAGCUUCAGGACCAUCAUUGCAACUGGACAAUCACAUUGUUGUAUUACCUUAGCAACUUGGGAAGCAGUAGUACAUGAGUCUGUGUGGGUAGGGACAAUGCUAUGGUUCACGAGUGGGUGAAACAUAAGAUUUUCACCCAGCAGACUGAAGUUUGUGGUCUGCAUACAGUGUGUAGUACUGUUUAAUUCUCAAAGAGCUUUUUACACUACAAACCCUGUUCACCCAUUCACAUGCCUUUUUAAAUGCUCAUCAUAUGAAGGACUGGAUGUGCGGAGGCCCAAUCAGACCUUCUGAUUUGUAGACAACCUGCUCUACCUCCAGAUCUGUAGUUAUUCCUGGUCGCAACAGUGUGAUUGAUCAGUGAUAGCCCUGAUGGAGGAACAACACAACAGUAAUCAGAUGUGUGUAUUAUCUGCGGUUAUGUAGACUAAAGGUACAAGAUCUCUGACAUUAAAGAGUGCUGCUUAUUAUCCAGGGUGCUCAGAAGACAGAAGGGUUACAGGUUAUGCCAUUUCAGAGUAGAAACACAAGUCAUAAGUGCUAUCGCUCUUUUUGUUAUACUUUAUUUAAUUUUUUAGUAAUCGUUAUCAUGCCAGAAUAAUGAACUGAUAACCAGCGGGACUGUUAUGAGUGUGUCUGAGACUGCGUGGGUCUGGUGGGGGACUUUAACGAUGUCACUGAGAGUGGCUUUUUCUGGGCUUAGUGCUCUUUUUCAUAUUGCUCCUGUAAAACUACUUGCUUCAUUGUAAAAUAAUGCUCUCUGCCAUGCUCUGUAUUGUAAAAUAGUUGAUGCACUAUAAUUGUUUUCAGGCUACUUAUAUCCUGACAACAAUGUUUAAUAUAAUAUUCAGCAAUAAAAGCUUUGAUUCCAGA